CAAUAGACUUAUAUAAAUAACACUUCAGAAGCGUUGUACACACAUUUCCGUCUUAUGGCGACCUUAAGGGUAGACGGUUUGCUUCUCCCAGGAUUUCCACCUUUAUUGAAAGAUGCCCGAAAACGCAUUAAAGAAAUCGAAGAUUUCCCGACAAGAAAGGAAGACAUUUUGUUAUUCAAUUAUCCGAAAUCAGGGAACCAUUGGUUGAACGCGAUCAUACCUCGCCUUCUCCGGAAUAGUUUGGACUCGGACCACAAGCAGACCGACCAGAUGCUGGAGUUUGUAGAGGAUUUAGAGUCCCUCAAGUCAAUGCCCUCUCCCAGAGUGAUGACGUCACAUCUCCUCUCUCGAAAUCUUCCAAAGGAUCAUAUUGCAAAAGGCGGGAAAAUAGUUCAUAUCAUAAGAAAUCCUAAAGACGUUGCUCUAUCGGCUUUCCACCAUUACAACCAGGAUCCACACGUGACCGAGGUCCAUGGCGUCAGUAAGGACCUGUCCACAUUUCUGGACUCUUUCCUGAAAGGAGACAGUGUGUAUGGCAGCUGGUUUGAUCGAGAAAGGGAGUGGGAAGAAUUUGCAAAGAAAAAUAUGGAGAACUUUUAUGUUAUGUACUACGAGGACCUAAAACAGAAUGGAAUGGAAAGCAUGAAAAAACUGUCCACAUUCUUGGGUACAAGUACAGAUCCCAAAUUUCUACAAGCUGUUUAUGAUACCUGUUCGAUUGAAGAGGUUAAAAAGCGAUUAGAAUCCCCCUUUGAAAAGAUCUUUCACAGGAAAGGUAUUGUAGGUGACUGGAAAUCAAGCUUUACUGAUGCAGACAACAAGAAAUUUGAUCAGAUUUACAAAGAGAAAAUGAAAGAUUCUAAACUGAAAAUACGGUUCUCUUAGAAAAGAGGGCAGUGUCAAAAACACUAUGACAUGGGCUGAAAAUCCCAAAGCUGUCAUUUCAUAAAAAAGAGAUCUAGCCUUCUGGCAUUGUAAGAGUUUUUUUAGGAGGAUAACAUUUGUGUUAAUUCUUAAUCGAUGUUAACGUUAAGAAAUAAUAAGAAAGAAAUUAAACAGACGAUAAACUUUUAUCUGAAAUACAACUGAAUUCAUUUUUUUUCGUUAACAUGUUAAGAGUUACGAAACUUACUAAAUGUUGUAAAAAGCACAAUUUUUUACAGUUUCAAUAAAUUGAUUUUAGGAUUUUCAUCUUUGAACAAUUUUAUUUAUGAUAUACAAAUAUUUUCUUGUAUAAAACUUUAUUGUUUCAAUAAAAAUAAGUUCAUUGAUAUGAUUUUAGUUAAUAUCUGUAUUUAUGCAUGUAAAUUUUAAUUACAUUACAAAAACUGAUUUUUUUUUAUAAUAAUUGCAGUUUUCAUUUGAUUGUCUUUCUUUGCUCACACAACUGUAAAGACCAGUAACUCAAUCAAAGUAAUGAGAGUACUGAAAGACGAGGUCUUGAAAGUUUGAUUUGUAAUUGUCCUGGAUUUCCUCGAAUAUACUUCCAAAAAUUAUGAGUUUGAAUAAGUUGUUACAAUCUAUGUUAAUUGGGCUUUUUUUUGCAAUUCUCUAAUACUUUGUCUAAAUUUUACUCAAUCCUGGCCUUCAUAAUUGUAGAAAAUUGACACAACGGUAAAAUAUGUAAAAUAAGACCCCAAGGAAAAAUUUUAAAAAUUACUACUAACCGGGAAAAUCAAACAACUAUAUCAAAGUAGAUAAUUUUAAUCAUUAGAUUUAUUCAAUUUUUUGAUCCAAGGGAAAAUCCACAAGUCGGACGGUAUCCGUAAUAAAAGUUUUAUAAAAACCCCGAAAACUCUAAAACUGCUGAAUUAACAAAGUGAACAUUUGUAUACCGAUAACAAACACAGGCACCUGACGUUAGAAAUUUUUUUUUACAAUAAGAUUCCAAGAACUUUGACAAUAAGAAGAUUUGUCACGGUCGCCAUUUUGAUUUUUAAGACCGACUUAUCUACACGAUUUUCUUCAUUUGCGAUUCAUGCAAAAUUUAUAGGUAAAAAUAAAUCUGUUCGCCACUUACUACUUUUCUGUGUAAACUCGUGCAUCACCUACACAAAUUACGAUACAACCGUUCCUUUCAUUAAAAAUCAUACUCAGAAAACCAGAGAUUGUCAACUCCGCAAUUAACGUGUAAAUGUUACGGGACCAACCUUACUUUGAGAACUACAAGUGCAACAGCAAUCUUGUAUAAGUCAUUAAAUUUGAACCUGAUAGUGAACAUGAACCUGUAAAUAUUUUAAGCAUGUUUUAUUUAUGAAAUGUUUACAAAAACUCUUUAUUUAGUUUUUAAAUUACUUUUUUAAAACUUAUUGACUUUUCACAAAGUAAUGGUAAUGCAUUACUUUACUCAUGUAAUGGUAAUGUAAUGCAUUACUUCAAGAAAAUUAAGUUAUGGUAAUGGUAAUUUAAUGCCCUUAUUCAUGAAGUAAUGGUAAUGUAAUGCAUUAUUUUACAAUGUAAUUCACCCCAAGCCUGAUUCCAACUAAGCUGGAAAACAUGAACAUUAACAUUUAACUUGGUUCUUCAAUCGAUAAGAUUGUAUAUAUUAUAUGAUGUGUAAGUCUUCCAAAAUGUAUAAUCUAUCAUAAAUUUUGCUUACAAUGCAUUGUUUAAAAUUUAAAUACAGUUUAAUCAAAAAAAGAGCCAACGAACGACAAGGCAAAUUCA